AUGCUCGGCUCGCUCCCACGCUGCGCACUAGCAAGUCACAACCCACAGAGCGCCAGCAGCACGGGCGACUGGUUGUGGGAGUUUGUUGAGAGCGAGGCAGGCCCUACGGAUUGUACGGAAUCCUCUUGUUUGCGUCUGCGUCUGCGUUUGCUUUCGUGUCCAAGGGGGUCCCAUUGCGAGGCCCGCCCCGUCGUCACGAUUGCUUCCCAUCUACGCAUCCAAUCCAUCCUCUCCCCUCCCGAACCGCCCGACUCGCCGUCGGCCGCGGGCUCUCCCUCGUUUGACCAGCAGCACCCACAACAACCGACCCCGAAGCGGAAGUUCCACGACGCCUUUACCGCUCCGGCGCCCGAUGCGCCCAUCGACCCGGCCGACCAGCCACCCCGCCCGCCUCAUUCCCAAUCGCUCCCGCAACGGUUGCCCAACAUACGCCAGCCGCUGCCCCGCAGCCCGCCUCGGCCCGCGACGGUCGCGGCGGUCCGAACCCAGGGCCACGCCCACGCCCACGCUCCCAUAGCCGCCGCUCCCGACGAUGACAGCCGGUCACCCGCCCAGGGCUCGAUGAUGGCCGGCAGCCCCGGCAGCCCCGGUGGCGGUGGUGGCGUCGGUGGUGGUGUUGACAGCAAGAAGGGCUUCAAGCGGACACCGCUGCGUUCUAGUAUCGCGUGUCAGCGCUGCCGCAAGUCCAAGAUCAAGUGCAACAACACGGGCGGCGACCAGCCCUGCGAGACAUGUAUUCGCAAUGGCAAGGAGUGCACGUAUCCCGAGGUGACCCCAGCACCACCGAAGCGGUCUGAGCCAUCCUCGGGCGCCAAGAUGGAACAGGGUUCGGAGCGGAAACGGUUGCGGCGGAUCGAAGACAUCGUCAAGAUGGAAGGCACGGCGCCGGCCACGGUUGCCGAGGACGUCCUGUCGGCGCCGUACCUGACUGAGACCGUGUGGAAUCAGCUGUUUGACAUUUACAGGCUACACUUCGCGACGGAGCUUCCGUUCCUCCACCUCGCCACGCUCAAGGAGAAACUCGGCAACCGGUUCCGGGCGAAGCCGGCCGACACCUCGCCCGAGAUCAACCUCGUACUGCUCGGCAUCCUGACAUUGACGGCGCGGUUCCACAACACCCUAGUCUCAUACAUCACGGCGCCUCGAAACAGCCCGUCCGUGUCCGGCGUGCCUAAGCCGCGGUCGACCGGCCCGUCGUCGGAAGCCUCCAGCGCGUCCGAGUACUACGCCGACGUGCUGACCAAGGCGCUUGGCGGUUUGCGAACGAGUAUGACCGUGGCAUCCGUCGAGCGAGUCCAGGCCUUCCUCAUGUUGGGGCUCUACGAAUGGAGCCAAGCACGGCCCAGGGUCGGCGGGAUGGCAGCUUGGAUGUACGUCGGCGUCGCGAUCCGGAUGGCUCAGGCGUUGGGCCUCGGCGACGGUGAUAAGGAGCCCAACAAAAUCUUCCGCGCUCGCCCCGCCAAGCCCACGCCGCAGAACAUGACACCCACGCAGAGAAUAACGGCCAAGGAGAUCCGAAGGCGCACCAUGUUCAGUUGUCUAAUUCUCGACCGGUUGCUGGGCUGUGGAAAAGACCGGGUGUCGACGAUCCGGUCCGAGGAUCUGCAGAUUCAACUACCAUGCGCGGAGGUGUCCUUUGACCUCUCGGACGACGUCUACACGGGCUUCCUGAAGCCCCUCUCGGGCGCCGAGACCAGCCGCCCCAUCUCCGACAGCGUACUGGGCCGUUUCGUGCGCCUCGUCGAUCUCUGGGGGGAGAUCUCCAAGUGGAGUUUUUCGGGAGGACGCUUCACCGAGGCGCACCCCCCGUGGUCCCGCGAGGCCACCUUCUUCCGGUUGCGCGAGAAGCUUGAGGAGUUCUACGAGAACCUGCCCGACCAUUUCCGGUGGUCGGACAGCAACUACUACAAGCACGAGAACCACCAGGCGAGCAGCGUGUACGUGUCGCUGCACAUGCUCGGGGCCGUCUGCCGCAUCAUGCUGCACCGCGAGUACAUCCCGUUCAUCCCGAUCGUGUGCGAAGGGCCGGACGGUCCGCUCGACGAGCCCACGUUCGAGUCCGGCCAGGAGCCGCCAGGGUUCUGGGAGGACAGUGCCGAAGAGAUCUUCCGCGCGGCCAAGGACAUCGUCGACCUCGCCGAGAUCUGCCGCGACAAGCUGCCCAUGUCGUCGCUGGUGCUCUUCGCCGUCUGGACGGCCGCCUUUGUCGGUAUCUACGCAGUGCACUUCCCGCAGAUCGACACCAAGGGCCACAUGCUGCCCAAAGACGAGCCCAACGGGCCGCUGGACGUGACCAAGCACGGGCCGACAGGGUUGACGUAUAAGUUGCUGACGCACAUGUCGCUGUGGCUGAAGCUGGCCGAGACCUAUGUCGGCUACUUCAGCGAGAUGGACCGCUACUAUGACACCGUGAAGCAGGACUACGAGCGGCACGUCGGCGGCGGCCGGGGCGGUGGUGGGCUGGAAGAGUGGAAGGAGCGCGCGUUCAAGGUGGUCAACAACGGCGAGAUCCUCGUGUUGGAUGAGGGCAAGAGCUCGUCGCGCGAUAGUACCGCCGAGCCGGGGUCUUCCGUCGGCCCGGACAGCGGCAUCAACCCUCUCGACCACCACGCCAAAACUCCCCGCUCAACCUCCAUGUCCUUCACCCCGAUUAACACUCAGGCGUCGUCGUCAUCCCACCCAAACAACCACCACCCUAUCGACCCAACAUCCGACGUAGCCGCCGAAGCCGCAGCCUCCACCCUCUGGCGCAUCCAACAACCCCACGCCCAACACCAUCCCCAUCCCCAUCAUCAACAACACGCACAACAACCCUCCCCCUCCCAAUCCUCCGCAGCCGUCCCGUCCCCACAAAUGCAACACCACCAACCCCAACAAACCCAGCCCCAGCAGCAACCUCAACAACAACAACAAACCCACCCGCACCCCAGCGCCAAACUGCCCCCGUACAUCUCCAACGAAAUAGCCAUGUACGUCGAGCAGAACCAGUCCAUGCCCUGGACCCUGGCGCCCGGCGGGCCGGACCAGUUUGCCCAUGGCACCGAGGACCUGGUGCCGAUGGAUAAUGGGAAUAUCUUUUGGGGGAGUUUGUCCGGCGGUGGGGGAGAUGGAGGUGGUGUUGGUGUGGUGAUGACGCAUGUUGCGGGGUAUUAUUAG